GAAAUUGUUGAUAUUUUUUUUCCCUUAACAGUAGAAGUUUUUUUCGGAGAGAUUGUGUUUUUCAAGGUCUGUCGAUAAGGUUUCUUAAAAAGUAAAUAGGGACACUUUUUUUUCAUUUCUAGUGGGCGGUCACUUGUCAGACCAGAAAAUUAUUCUCUAAAAACAGUACAAGAGAUCUUUAUUGUGGUGUAUGAUUGUGUUGAGCCAGUCCGUGCAGUUUGUGGCUAGCUUUUCUUUUGAGGGGAAGUGUUGGGGUUUUUUGUACGUGUGUUUUGGGGCUUUUAAUUUUAUUUUUAUUGUCGAUUUUGUUCCAUUUUUUCCAUCGUUGAUCCUUGACACGCAAAAAGUCCCACAGGGGCUCAGACGUCGGGUAUCCAGUUACUCUUACUUAAUAUGAUGGAUAUAAGGAUGGUCUCUGGCAGCACACUUCUUAGGCAAAAGGGGUUGAAAAGCUACGCAGAGAAUAGAGAAAUAAACCUUUGGCUUGCAAAUUACUCAUGUGAUGAUGUUGAAAUAUUGGCAAAACUAGAGAAAGAGUCUUGUGCUUUAGCAACUGUCUCAAGUGCUUGCAUGCAGUUUUAUUUUUCCACUGCAAGUAAACCCAGUUUUUUUUACCUGAGAAUCUAAGUAAAGCAUACUUACUGAUGUAAUUUCUUGAUGAACCUAUAUAGGAUGAUUUAGAAUACUACAUGAGUGCCCACCACUGAUACUAGUACAGGAUUUUAGGGAUAAAUAGGAAGAGUGAAUUCCACAUUGAAAAAUGGACUCUUUUUUUUGCUUGUAGGGGAAAUAUAAUACUAAAUUGCCGCAUAGUUUAAAAAAAUCAAUUUUUGUAGGCUAGACACUGCUUUUAUUGUGUAAACAUUUAGUGCUUAGAAUUUGCUAGAUACAGGGAAAAAUAAAAUCAUAAAAUCAUUUCGGUUGGAAAAGACCUGUAAAAUUAGCGAAUCCAACCCAGCACUACCAAGCCCACCACUUAACCAUGUCCCUAAGUGUCACAUCUACAUGUAUGUCUUUUAAAUCCCCCCUGGGAUGGUUUCCCUGGGCAGCCUGUUCCAGUGCUUAGCAACUCUUUCAGUGAAGUAAUUUUCCUAAUAUCCCAUGUAAACCUCUCCUGGCACGACUUGAGGCCAUUUCCCCUUGUCUGAUCACUUAUUAUUUGAGAUAAGAGACCAACUCUCACCUCACUACCUCUUCCUUUCAGGGAGUUGUAAUGGUGAAGAGUUUGCAGCUUUUCUCAAGCGCUAAAAGCACAGAACUGAGAAUAUGCAGGUUAUAGUCACUUCUUCGUGUUAUUCCGAGCUUUUUGGGUAGUAGUGAAACUGCCAAGAGUAUUAUUAGUAUUGUGCUCUAGUUUGGGAAUAUUUUGAGGAACAGAGCAGAGCUGACACCUCCAGAAAUCUACAUUUGGUCUACUCUGUACAGAUGCUUUGUGCAUGAAAAUGCUGUCAGAGAGUAAAUUAGUUUAAUUGUGGUACGUAUUUGUCUUUAUCCACAAAAGACCAGAGUAUCUAGAGGCUCAUGUUUUUUCUUCAGAAAGUCCCUCAGGACUAGUUUGUAACUUUACCUGACUUUACACAUGAGGUCUCUCAGUUCCUUUUAUGACAGCACUGUUUCAUUUCUUAGGAACCCCACUAAUUCAGCACCAAAAAAAAGCAACAAAUAGAAGUCCUGCUCUGGGGAAAAAUAGAAAUCUCCUUUAUAUUUAAAAGUAACCACGUUCAGGCUUUGUUAACAGCCUAUAGCUUGGUCAUGGAGCAGGAAGUUGGGGUGAUAGGGGCUAGAAAACACCCACAGCAUCUUUUCCUUUUUGUGACCUCUGAGCACCCAGGAUACAAAGCCUGUAGCCUCCCCGAUCGAGUAGUGCUAGUGACCACAAAGUUUCCAACCUGGCUGCCCUCAUGCUGGGGGUGUGGGUUGACUAGGGCUGGGUGAACUGGUGUAGAGUGCUGGUGAAAGUCACUGUGCCUGUCUUGGGGGAACAGGGGGCACAGUACUGCUCUGCCACCGUCACAGGAUUUGGGUCUGAAUUUGAAAAGGAACAGGCACACUCUGUUUGCCUUUUCUGAUGCUGCAUCUGCUGUCCUGUCCUGCCUUUUUAAUUUUCAGCACAUGGUCUGACUUCUUUGCCAACUCAGACACGUCAUUUUACUUGGUUUUCUUCACAUUAGUGCUGACGUAAAUACUCUAACCCAUGAGAAAUAUGUGCCACAGAACUUCUACGUCCUUGUGGUGAGGAUUGCCACAGAACACUGCAGAAUUAUCAUCAGUGGUAAAUACGGGUUCCGAAAAACGUGAUGACUUCAGGGAUUCUAUUGAGACGUUUUUAAAUGGUUUUGAGUGAUGUAAUCAGGUUAAAUACAAGGAGUGAUUUUGCAAAGUGGACAGUGAUGGAGUAUAUGAGCACGGGUAGUGAUAGCAAAGAAGAGAUUGACUUGUUGCUAGCUGAUCUAAAUAUGUCUGAGGUGAUAGCCAUCAUGGAAAACCAUUAUCCAGGUGAAGACAUUGCAGUCUAUGAAGACAGCUUAAUUACAAUGUGUGAAGAGGCAAAUCAAAAUGAUGAAAGUGCAGAAUCAUUACUGUUUUGUGAAAGGGAGGUCUCUUUUAUGUCCUCUGUCAAAUACGGGACUGUGGAAGACCUGCUUGCUUUUGCAAAUCAGGUGUCUAACACUGCAAAACAAUUUAAAGGAUGCAGACAACAGGAAUCUGGAAUCCUCUUAAAUAUGAUCACACCCAAGAAUGGGCGCUAUCAAAUUGACUCAGAUGUACUCCUGUUUCCAUGGAAGUUGACUUACAGGAACAUUGGUUCUGAUUUUAUUCCUCGGGGAGCUUUUGGGAAAGUGUACUUAGCCCAAGACAGAGAAACCAAGAAACGAAUGGCAUGCAAACUGGUGCCAGUGGAUCAGUUCAAACCAUCAGAUGUUGAAAUACAGGCAUGUUUCCGUCACGAAAACAUUGCUGAAUUAUACGGUGCUAUUUUGUGGGAUGAGACGAUCCAUCUCUUUAUGGAAGCUGGAGAGGGAGGAUCUGUCAUGGAAAAGCUGGAGAGUUGUGGUCCUAUGAGAGAGUUUGAAAUAAUUUGGGUGACAAAGCAUAUUCUGAAAGGACUUGACUUUCUCCACUCCAAGAGGAUUAUCCACCAUGAUAUCAAACCAAGCAACAUCGUCUUUAUGUCAACUAAGGCUGUUUUGGUGGAUUUUGGCCUGAGUGUUCAAAUGACUGAAGACAUUUACUAUCCCAAAGACCUUAGAGGAACAGAGAUUUACAUGAGCCCUGAAGUUAUCCUUUGCAGAGGCCACACAACAAAAGCAGACAUCUACAGCAUGGGAGCUACUAUCAUUCAUAUGCAAACAGGCAUCCCACCCUGGGUGAACAGAUACCCUCGUUCUGCAUAUCCAUCCUACCUCUAUAUUAUACACAAGCAAGCUCCCCCCUUAGAGGAUAUUGCUGAGGACUGCAGCACUUCCAUGAGAGAAUUGCUAGAAGCAGCUCUGGAAAGGAAUCCUAAUCACAGGCUGUCUGCAGCAGACUUACUGAAACACGAAGCCUUACACCCACCCCCAGAAGAGCAGCCGCGGUGCCAGAGUCUGGACUCGGCGUUGUUUGAAAGGAAAAGACUGCUUGCGAGGAAGGAUCUGCAGCUGCCAGAAAACAUUACAGAUUCCUCCUUGUGUAAUGGGAGCAUGGAAGAGUCAGACCUGCUAAAGAGACAAAGAUCACUCUACAUAGACCUUGGAGCUCUAGCUGGUUACUUCAAUAUUGUUAGGGGACCACCAGCCUUAGAAUAUGACUGACUCAGUAACAUUUUAUGUUGAUGGGUCAGAAAUGGACCUCUACCUCUUAAAACUUGAUUUUAAGACUUGAUUUUCCAAUUUGUACAUAAAACUGUUGCCAUUAUAGGCUGUCAAAUGUGAAUAGUGUUUAAUUGCACAGAUGAUUAAGCUAAACCCUUAGGGGCUCUGAUAAGCUGAUCCCAAGCAGUGAUGCUUGUGUGUCUGUUGCUUGACAACAAGAUGAUGUUUAAAAGAACACUGCUGGGAAUGUCUUAAUCCAGGAUAUCUUCCUGAGCUGGGCCUUGCACUUUUAUAAAACUUGUAAUAUAUGCUUGCAAGUAAUGUCAGGAAAAAGUAUAAUAUAAUUGAGCAUGUGGAUUGUAAGAUUCAAGUCUCUCUGAGCUGUCCUUAGAGAAAACCUUCCUGCCAACCCCCCACCCCCCCCCACUCCCCCCCCAAAAAAAAGUCCUUGAUUUAACCAAAGACUGGUUCAGUCUUGUUCUGUCUUUAAGACUUGGUCAGUCUCUAGUCAUUCUUAAAGAAAAUCAGGGCCUCUGAGCUAAUUUCUAUCAGCUGUCUUUGGAGUCAGAUUAUCUCUUGUUUACAGAUGUGUUUUAGAUUUGCAUCUUCCCUGGGCAGUGGGAGCUAAGCAGGAGGCUGUCCCCCUUCUCUGUGGGUCUAGGGAGCCCUUCACUGGUGGUAUCAGUUAGCUUUGGGAUUAGCACAGCAAGUUGGCCCUGACAAAGAAUGACAGUGACUCCAACUCCUUCUGAUGUUACAACUGCUGCAAGGUAGGAUAGUUUUCAAAGGUAGAUCAAAUGUUAUUCCCUAUUGGUAAUAGUGGGCAGGCUCCAAAUUCUUGCUUUUUAAUACUUUAAAAUUGUACACAUGUAUAAUUGGUGUGAGUGCUAUGGUUUGGAAAGCGUGUCAUUAGUGACAAGCAGUGUUUAUGUUCCUAUGGAAAUGGAAUUAUAUUGUUCUUGCUGUCCCUCAUACAUUUGAAACAUGAUGUUUUGGAUGAUAGUAAAACUAUGUAAACUGCAUAGUUCUGUACAUCCCAUUGGAUGAGAACGUAAACUUUUAUAAAAUUCUCUUUGAUGCUUAGAAUGACUCUUUAUAAGCAUUUGUGUUAAAUGGCAUACUGUGUAUGUUGUACUCUGAAUCUUUUCUGAAGCAGAGUCUCUUUUUCGUGUCUGUUAUUUAAUGCUGCUCUUCUCUAACACAUGAUCUUAAACAGAUGAUUUCUAGUUUGAUACUGAUAUGGUCAAAUGAAUAAAUCCAGCUCAGUGCCUUGA